UUUACUGGGGGUAUAUAUAUAAAAAACCCGAUCAUGUGAACUUAUUUCCAAUUUCCAAAACAUCGACUUUUCAUUUGCUUCACAAUGGGAACCGCCGUUAAUCUCCUCCGCCGUCGCGUUCCUCCGGCGAUCUCUGGUUCCCUCUUCCCCCACACUCCUUUCAGAAACCUUAAACCCAUUACCUCUCCAAAUCCCUUCAGUUCCAGUCCUCCUUUCUGCGCUACCAUUUCCUUUCGGUCCUUCUCGUGGUAUUCGUGGACUGCUGGUCCCAAGGCCGACGACAAGGAUUCCUCUCCUGAGAGCGAUGGGUCUGGAGAGGGGUUGAUUCAUGUGGGCGAUCCUGGGGCUGGAUUGGCGUUGUUGGGUUCGGAGUUGGAUGGGGCUGUGCUUUCGGAGGCAGCCGUCAGUGAUGCGAGUUGGUACCAAUAUCCUGUUCAUGGUGUUGUUUCUCUGCUCGAAGGGUUUCAUGACUUCAGUGGCCUCCCAUGGUGGGUAGUAAUCCCCACAUCAACUCUAGCCCUUAGAGCUACCCUAUUUCCUGUUCUUCUUUUGCAACUAAAGAAGGUGGGAGAGAUUGCAAGAUUGUAUCCAAAAUUGCCUCCUCCUUUGCCGCCACCUUUAUCAGGAAGGAGUUACCGAGAGCAGUUCUUGCUUUUCCAAAAGAAAAAACGAGAACUGGGCUGCCCCUCAUACUUGUGGAGCUUUGCGCCCUUCUUUAUUCAGUUUCCUUGUUUUUUACUUUGGAUGGCCAGCAUUCGGACAAUGUGUCUAGACCAUCACCCAGGAUUUGAAAGUGGUGGCAUAUUGUGGUUCCAAGAUCUCACUUGCUAUCCACAUGGUGUCUUUGGUCCUAUCUUUCCAAUCUUGAUUGCUGGUCUGCAUUACACCAAUGUUCAGGUUUCUUUCCAGACAUUUAAGGUCGAAAAACUGCAAGGAGUUUUAGGCUUGUUGGCAAGAUAUUACAAAUUAUACCUGGAUGUUCUGGCCAUCCCAUUAGUUUUUAUAGGAUAUUGCGUUCCUCAGGGUAGUUUGGUCUAUUGGGUAACAAACAGUUCGUUGACCUUGUUUCAGCAACUAUGUCUCAGAAGCCCAUAUGUUCGUAAGAAAUUGGGUUUGCAUGAUGAAAAGGCUUUGUUGCAUAAAAGUCCAACAGAAAGCAUUGGAGAGGAGAACAAAGGUCCAUUGGAGCUUCAAAUAUCUGCAGAAAGUCUCUCCGCAGAGAAGUUACUUGAUUUUGCGCUUGAAGAGUUAGCAAAGGGCCAUCAAGAUAGUGCACUCCCUCUAUUACGAAUUGCAACAGAAAAGAAUCCUGAAUUGCCAAGAGCUCAUGUUGCUUUGGGCCAGAUACUAUGUUCAAAAGGAUUAUUUGCUGAAGCCUCUGAAUCUUUCCAACAGGCAAUCCCAAAGAUUGGACAAGAAGAUGUUGGCCUUCUUUCUCUGGCAUAUUUUGGUGCAGGUGUUUCACAAAUUUGGCAGGGAAAUAAAUCAGAGGGGAUUGAACAUUUGAAAAGAAUAGCCGAGUUGACAGAGCCAGAAAACCCUAUGGAGAAGGCUUGCUACUACCGGGGUUUGGUUAUGUUAGGAAGCACUUUAUUUCAACAAGGAGAGAAAAUCGAAGCUGCGAAAUAUCUUCGAAGAGCUGCAGCCUAUGAUCCUGCAGUGUUUGCAUAUGUAAAAGAAUGUGAAGAGAUAGGAGAAGAUCAAAAGAAGCAAUCAGCUGACUCUAACUAAACUCAAUCAGGACGAACAUACUAGUCUUUGACUUUGCGAAGGAGUCUGCAGGACGAACAUUAUUUUAUUUAUUAGGUACAACGUUGUUUAAUGGGUAUGGUUGAUGUUAUAUGUAUAACGGUUGAAAACUUAAGAGGAAGUCAUUCUUUUCCUGUAAAGGAUUCAUUGAUUCAUAAUGGUGUUUAACACAAAAGCUUA